AUGGCUGACCAAUCAAAUAAAAAAUUACCACAAAGAGAAAAUUCUUUAAAAUUUACAUAUACACCUAAGGCGCAUAAUGAGAAUUAUUGUAUCCAAGGAAACAGCGAAUGCAGUGAUUUUUAAAAUAUUAUUUAAUGCAUAAAAGAUUAAAAUAUUCUAAAAGAUAAAAAAAUAAAUGAAAGGGAACAAAAUCAAGCUGGAAAAUGCAACAUAUUAACUAAUAUUAGAUAUAGUUAAGGAAAAUAAAUUCAAGAUUUGAAUUAAGAUUCUUAAUAAAAUGAUGGAGAAUCAGCUGAAUGUGUUGAUUGUUUUGAAAGCUAAGAAAAUUAAAAAUAGAAUACCACUUAAGAGAUUCAGUAAGAAAAUAAAUGUAUAUAUAACCAUUUGUAAUUUGAUUUAGGCAAAAAUCCAUAAAGAACAGAAGAAUAAAUAAUAAACACUAAGGGAUUUAAAGCCAAAAAGCAACCCGCUCUCAUAAAAAAUAUGAAGAAGUGGCGUAUUAAGUAGAAUUUAAAAAAUAAAUCUAUUAAUUAAGAAGAAUAACAAUAAAACUAAUAAAGUUUCAAAUAAUUAUGUGAUACUACAAAGCAAAUAGUCAAUAUUUAAGAUAAUAAAUCAAAUAGCUAAAAGUAUUAAGCAGUGACUGUUGAUAACAGCCUCUCAAAAUUUAUAAAUAAAAUAGAGAAGUACUAAAAAAAUAAUACUAAUAAUCAUAUCAACUAAGUAUUUAAAUAGCAGUAUGCUGAGAAGAGUAUAUCUCCAAUUGACUCAUCAAAAGAAGACUCUAUCCAAAACGAUAAAAAUAAUAUACUAAGCGAAAUAGAAAAUGAGUUAUAAAAACCUGAAAUUAUUAAUUUAGCACUUAAAUGUACUGAGCAGUAAAAACAUUCAACUUAAAACCAGAAUGUAAAGAUCUUACAAAGUUAACAAAUAAAUGGAACUCCAUUCUAAUUGAUUAAACAAAAAUUCUUGUAAGAGAAAAGUUUAGUCAGAAAUCCAUCGUUAUAAAAAAACUAAUUUAAUUAAAUUUCUUCUAACUCUACUCUAAGAAAUGUUGAACAAAUUUUACUUUCCUCUUCUUAAUCUAAUGCUGAUACAUAAGCCAAAAAUAAUAGAUCUCAAAACCUGAACAAUAAUAAAUUUAGUAAAAAGAGAAACAUUAGUGUUUAAAUGGUUAACAGUAGCAAUAAUGCCUUGAAAGCAAAUUAAAGUCAAAAUUAGGCUUAAGAAUAUCUAUAAAAUUAUAUCAAUACAGCAGAAACUAACCAUUUAUUAUUAAGUAACUUAAAUAAAGGAAUAAUCUAACCACCACCAUAGGCUCAAUAACAGGAAACUCUGUUUAUACCAAAAGUUAUGACAAGAAAUGCCUCUUUUUUAAAAAAAGGAAAUAAUCUUAUAUAAAAUAUAACAAAUUUUCAGAAUUCCUCUCAUCAAUUUAUUAAGCAAAUUGAUAAUAAAUAUAAUUAAAAUAAAGUUAAUUGUAAGGAAAAUACUUCAGUACCUUUAUCACCCAGCUUAAAUAAAUAAAAUCAUGAAGUAUUCUAAUUUAAUCCAUUCAAUAUUUCUAAUUCUUAAAGGAGCUUGUAAACCUCAUAAAAUUUCAAUUUUUAAAAGAGUUUAAAAUCAUAUUUAUUUUAUUAAAAUAAAUUUAUGGGUUAAAAAUAGCAUGAGUUCUUAAUGAAUAACUUCAAAUGUUUACCGAAACUAAACUCAUUAUUAAACUAACCACAACCUAAUAUUAAUAAUGAAGCUAAUAAUUAAAUAUUUAAUAAUUUUAGUAAAGGACUUAUUUCAAAAUUAAAUUAAUCCUAAUCUGAAAAAUUUAUAUCUAAUAAAUAAAACGAGUAAUUUUAGCAUUAAUUAUAAUAGGAUGUGUCACCUAAGAGAGUUUUAGUAUGUAGUUUUACUAACCAAUAUUCCUGCCAAUAGCUUCAAAAGCAAAAAUUAAACGAAAUAAAAUAGAAAGAGGUAAUUAAAGAAGAUGAUAACAUUAACUAGGAGGAAGCAGGCAUAAAGUAAAUAACUUAAGAAAGCUAGCAAGCUAACUUUAAUGAACUUUCAAAUUACUACAAAUAAAAGUAUGAGUAAGAUUUAAAUAAUAAGAAUUCAAUACCUGUCUAAUUCAACAAUUAGAAAGGUUAAAAACUAGAUAAUAUCCCCUAAAAUAGGAUACUAAGAAAAAAGAAUUAGUCAUAAGAUUUAAGAUAUUAAUAUAAUGAAAAUGAAGAUGCCAAAUUUAGUGAGUUAUUUAAAUAGUCAAAAUAACUUAAUGAAGAAGAAAUCGAUUUACUAAAACCAUGGAAUAUUAAUUGA